GCCACCUCUGCCGCGUCCACCUCCGCCGCCACCGCCGCCACCGCCUUCUUCCCACAGGCCUCAGGGCUUGCACUCCCAGCGCCGACUGCCUGCUCCAGCGUCUCGGAUUCCCGGCUCGGAUCCGGCGAGAUGACACUCAAGUCCAGCGAGGGCGAGGGUGGGGGCAGCAUGCGCACGGCGCUCUCCGACCUUUACCUGGAGCACUUACUGCAGAAACGCAGCCGGCCCGAGGCUGUGUCAAACCAGUUGAAUGCUGUAACUGAGGAUAUGUACACCAAUGGGUCCACAGCCUCAGGUAGCCCUGCCCAGGCUAAGGGGCAGGAGGUGAGGAAAGUGCGUGUCAUUCAGUUUGAGAAGAUCACAGAGGAGCCCAUGGGAAUCACUCUGAAGCUGAAUGAAAAACAAUCCUGUACUGUGGCCAGAAUUCUCCAUGGUGGCAUGAUUCAUAGACAAGGAUCCCUUCAUGUGGGGGAUGAGAUCCUAGAAAUCAAUGGCACAAAUGUGUCUAAUCAUUCAGUAGAUCAGCUGCAGAAAGCAAUGAAAGAAACCAAAGGAAUGAUCUCAUUGAAAGUAAUUCCCAGCCAACAAAGUCGUCUUCCUGCACUACAAAUGUUCAUGAGAGCACAGUUUGACUAUGAUCCUAAAAAGGACAAUCUGAUCCCUUGCAAAGAGGCAGGACUGAAGUUCGUUACAGGAGACAUUAUCCAAAUCAUCAACAAGGAUGACAGCAACUGGUGGCAAGGGCGAGUGGAAGGCUCCUCCAAGGAGUCCGCAGGAUUGAUCCCUUCCCCGGAGCUUCAGGAAUGGCGAGUGGCAAGUGUUGCUCAGUCUGCUCCAGGUGAAGCCCCAAGCUGCAGUCCCUUUGGGAAGAAGAAGAAGUACAAAGACAAGUACCUGGCCAAGCACAGCUCAAUUUUUGACCAGUUGGAUGUUGUCUCCUAUGAAGAAGUGGUUCGGCUGCCUGCAUUCAAGAGGAAGACCCUGGUGCUAAUCGGAGCCAGUGGGGUGGGUCGCAGCCACAUUAAGAAUGCCCUGCUCAGCCAGAACCCGGAGAAGUUUGUGUACCCUGCCCCAUAUACAACACGGCCACCCAGAAAAAGUGAAGAAGAUGGGAAGGAAUAUCACUUCAUCUCAACAGAGGAGAUGACAAAGAACAUCUCUGCCAAUGAGUUCUUGGAGUUUGGCAGCUACCAGGGAAAUAUGUUUGGCACCAAGUUUGAAACUGUGCACCAGAUUCAUAAGCAGGACAAGAUUGCCAUCCUUGACAUUGAGCCCCAGACUCUGAAGAUUGUUCGGACAGCAGAACUUUCACCUUUCAUUGUUUUUAUUGCACCUACUGACCAAGGCACUCAGACUGAAGCCCUACAGCAGCUGCAAAAGGACUCUGAGGCCAUCCGCAGUCAGUAUGCUCACUACUUUGACCUCUCACUGGUGAAUAAUGGUGUUGAUGAAACGCUUAAGAAGCUACAAGAAGCUUUUGAGCUGGCAUGUAGCUCUCCACAGUGGGUGCCUGUCUCCUGGGUUUACUAAACUUGCAGAAUGGGAAACUAUAACCUUCUUGCCAGCAUUUGGAAUGCCAUUCCCCUUGCUUUAAUCAAAUAGGGCAGAGCUGCUUCAACUAGUUGUUUCAGAUUCUGGCUCUCUUUAACUGUCCUUGCUCAGGCUCCUGAAUGGUGGGGCCCUACUGAUCUGGAAUUCAAAAGCAUCUCUGGAAAUGAUGUGAGUAGUAUAGAAAUGAACUGCUAAUCAAAGAUACACAAAUAAAGCAAUGGUACCUGUCUUUCUGAA